AGUUUAAAAUGUAAAAGUAAUAAAGUUAAAGUCGAAAGUCAGUAAGUGAAAAGUGGUUAAAGUUGUUAAGUAAAUCCAAUUUCGGUCGCGAAAAGUGCGCAAAAGUCCGCAAAAAUCAAAUAAUUAACUGUCUGCUGUGUGUGCGUCUGUGUGUGUGCGUGUCCUUAACUGUUUGUGUGGGAGGGAGAGAGCGUGGUUAAGAAUUUUCCCAAUUGCUCACUCUCUCUCUCGCUCCGUUGUCUCUCUCGUUCGCGUCAAAAAAAAUUAAUCAAAAAUAAAAUACAAUAAAAAAGGCAGUAGCACACACACAAUAUAAUCAAAAAUUAAAAAGAUAAAUGCUAAUAAAACAAAUGAAGAAACACAUAGGAAGGAGUUGCCCGCACCGGCGUAAGGCGAACCCAUGGUCCUCGACAUGGAAUCGGACGAUUCUCGUGCCAGUUCCCCCUCCAAUUCCUCGGAGUCGCGUUCGAGUUCGCCAACCAACGACAAGGAGGAUGAGGUUGCUCCCGAUCCGGCUGAUGACCAGGCGGAGGAAUCCGGUGGCGGCGGUGGAGGUGCCACUUUGGAUCGAUCCGUUCGAGCCGCCUCCACCAGCAGCUCAUCGUCCAACUCCAGUUCUAGUUCGAGUCGCAGUGAGCUGUCCAAAAAGCAGAAGAAGAGCUCAAGCAGCAGCAGCGGCAGUGGCAGUGGUAGCAGUUCAUCCAGCGGCUCUUCCAGCGAGGACGAACCCGACCAGGAACCGGAACGGCAGCAGGAACGAUUGCCCGAGCAGCAGCAGCAGCAGCAGCAGCAGCAGCGCCAGAAUGAGUCUGAACCAGAGCCCGAAUCCUUUGCGGCAGCAACUGCCGAAGAAGUGCUGCAGCCUGGCUCGCCCGGCGCCAAAUCGCAGCCCAGCUCGUUCCUCUCCUCCGUUCGCAGUCAGAGCAACAGUCCCCAGCUGUACAACCAGGCUGCCGUGGAUCUGAACAUCAGUCACGAGGAUCUGAGCGAUGUCAGCGACAUCGAGGCGGAGGAGAAGCGAGCACCGUCCAAGAAUUCGCUGCAUCCAGCGGACGAGGAUGAGGAUGGCGCCAUCUCCAACGACUCACUGCCCGCUCUGGGCGAGGAGGAUGCCUCAGGGCAGCAGAAACUGGCCAAGCAGAACGGCAAGGCGGCCAGCGGGGAUGAGGAGAAGGCAUCCGCCAAAGAUACCAAACCCGACGAAGCCUCCAAUGGGCGAGCGCCUGCGACCGCUUUGGAGGAGGAUCUGGUGAAGGCGCACGACGACGACGCCUUGGACUUUGAGGCGGAGGAGGGCGAGUGUCCAGAGCCGGUGAAGGAGCCACCGUCGGAGAGCAAAGCCAACGAAACAAACAAGGCCAAGACUGCGGUCAAGGUGCCGAAGGACGGCGACGACGACGACGACGAUGAUGGCGAAGUGGACGGCGAUGAGGAGGACAACGAUGACAAGGCCAAGCGGAAGGAUAGCGCCGGCAAUGGCAGUCUAGAGGAGGGCGAAGAGGUCAAGGACAAGGACAAGACAGCAGCGGCGGCGGCGGCGGCGGCGGCGGCGGCGGCGGCGGCAUUGGCCAAGCGCAAGAAGGACGAGGAGGAGCUGGAGGAGGGCGAAGUGUCCGACGAGGAUGAAAAGCGGCCGGAGGAGACCGAACCGAAGCCGGUGUGCCGCUUCUACACGCGCGGCCAGUGCACCUGGGGCAUGAGCUGUCGCUUCCUGCAUCCCGGCGUCACGGACAAGGGCAACUACACGAUGUUCGAGAGCCUGGUGCGUUCGGUGCCGAUGCAGGGCGGAUCGUCCGGAGCGGGAAGUUCCGCUGCGGUAUCACCGGCCGCUGCCGCUCGUGCCGGAGCGGCUGCCUAUAGUGCGCACGCCUCGGCGGCGGCCGACUAUCAUGACUAUCGAAACGAGCGGCCGCCGCUACUCCAUCGGCCGGCCCUCCUCCAUGCGCCCAGCAUAUACGGUGCCCAUGCUGUCCACGACAGCCGACCGCUGCUGCCCGACGGCCCGGUGGUGGUGGAGAAUGCCUGGGAACGCGGCCUGCGCACCGCCAAGGAGAUGAUGCGCAAGGCCAACAAACGCAAGGAGCAGGACAUGGACUUUGAGGACAAGAAGAUGAACCUGACACUGUCGCCCGAUGAAAUGGAGAAGGAUUCGUACUACCUCAAGGACCGCGGCGGCAGCAGCGCCCGUUCACCGCCCCCACAAUCGAGCUCGGUGCGCGAGCAGCCACUCAAUCCGCUCAUGCCGCUGUCCAUGCAUCCGCAUGCCGUUGCCCAUGCCAAUCCCCGAGCCCUCCUGCCCCUGCAGUACUCCGUUUACGGUCCCCCGCCGGAUCGUUACGGUCGCGCCCAAUAUAUGCCGCCGCAGUAUGAGGAUGUGGACGCUUACGGCCGGAUGGCAAGGUAUCGUGAACUGCCGCCCCAUCGGAUGCCGCACUACGAGGACGACCGGCGAUUGAGGCCGGCGCGCGAAGUGAUUGUGCAGCGGGUGGAGGCCGCCGGGCGGGGCGACGAGUGGAGCGAUCCCUGGAUGCGGUCCAAGUCGAUGGGUCGCGGCGGUUCCUACGAUCGCGACGAUCGCCGUCGGCGGGACAGACGCAGCUACAGCAGCAACUCGUCGUACUCCACCUCGAACAGCUCGCAGAGCGACUCCAGUUCCGACUCGUCGCGAUCGAGCAGUCCGUCGGAGCACAAGCGGCGCUACGGCGGCAGUUCGCACAAGCUGGCCGCCUCCGCCUCUGCCUCGUCACGCCGGCAUGGUGCUCGGGCGGCCCGCUCGCCCAGCCAGAUACCGCGACGACCCCGACACUCUUCCAAAGGUAGCCUGUCGCCCUCGUACAAGCGACCCGCUGUGGACAAGCGCGGCGUUGGUCAUAGUCCCGCCUCCAAGCGAAAGAAGCUCUCGUCGCAGGCACCCAAAAAGUUCGACAAGCUGAGACGCCGGCGCAGCUCCAGCACUUCCGACUCAGACUCAUCGGAUACCUCGUACUCCGAAUCGGAAUCGGGCUCCUCGUCGUCGGACAGCUCGUCGGGAUCCAGGGACACGCCCCAGAAGCGAGUGAGAGCCACUGACAAGGCGCUCAACGAGCGCAAGCUCAUCAAGAAGCCCGCUGAACAAGCAACCAAGAAGCGUUCGCCCAUUUCCAUUGAGAUUAAGAAAACGUCGAACAUGGUGGGAGUUUCGGCGCUGGCCUCACCCAACAACUCAGUCGACUCCGACAAGGAGAAGGAGCACGGCAACGGCAAGGAUAAGGAGAAGGAGCACGGCAAGGAUAAAGACAAGGAGGGCAAGGAUAAGGACAAGGACAAGGACAAGGAUGGCGGCAAGGAUAAGGAUGGCAAGAAGUCGCGUCGCGAGGAACUGCUGAAGCAACUGCGCGCUGUCGAGGAUGCGAUCGCCAAGAAGCGCUCCAAGCUAAAUUGAUCCAGCUGACUGCAGACCUUUCUCGUCGUCCGGAUCCGCAUCCACAUCCAUCGUCUCGCAUCCCUGCACCGAGUACCCACCCAGACCCUCGCAUCCCCUCCCAUCCACGAUCAUGGAUCGGCGGAUCAUGGAUCGGCAUCAAUCACAAUAAUUGGUGGUUACGCAACAUUCGCAUCGUAUUCGAUAUUGCCUUGGUCUGUCGCGAUCGACCCGAUUGCAAUAUAAAAUUCAAUGCAUUUAGGUUUAACAAUCAUGAUGUCCUUUUUUUUCCUCCUUGACUACCGCCAAUGAUGGAGCAUUAAACACUAAUGUUUAUAAUAGAUUCUAAAUAAAAGCCAACCCUAAUGAUGAAA